GCUGCUCCCUGUUGCCCCAAGAAUGUCUUCACUCUCAGAAUAUGCCAUGCGCAUGAGCCGGCUGAGUGCCCGACUGUUCAAUGAGGUUGCCAGGCCCACAGAUGCCAAGUCCAUGAAGGUGGUGAAGUUGUUCAGUGAACAGCCCUUGGCCAAGAGAAAGGAAACUUAUGACUGGUACCCCAAUCACAAUACAUACUUUGCUCUCAUGGGCACGCUUCGGUUUUUUGGCCUCUACAGAGAUGAGCACCAGGACUUUAAAGAUGAACAGCUACGACUAAAGAAGCUACGUGGAAAAGGGAAACCGAGAAAGGGAGAAGGAAAACGAGCCUCCAAAAAGAAAUAGAGCUGGGCUGCCAGAAGCGAAAGCCGGUCCAGUAUCUCUG